GCGCGCGGUUGCCAGGGUCGCUUUACGGCCCGGCGAUGGCGGAGGGAGAGCGGGCGGAGCAGAACGGCGGCCUCGGGCGGCCCCCCCGGGAGGGGGAGGCGGGGGCGCUGGAGCGGGCGGAGGCCCUCAAGAGCCAGGCCAACGAGUACUUCAAAGGCAAGGACUACGAGAACGCUGUGAAGUAUUACAGCGAGGCCAUCGACCUGAACCCCUCCAAUGCCAUCUACUACGGCAACCGCAGCCUGGCCUACCUGCGGACAGAGUGCUAUGGCUACGCGCUCUCCGACGCCACCAAGGCCAUCGAGCUGGACAAGAAGUACAUCAAAGGCUACUAUCGGCGGGCGACCAGCAACAUGGCCCUGGGCAAGUUCAAGGCCGCCCUGCGUGACUAUGAGACGGUGGUGAAGGUGAAGCCAAACGACAAAGACGCCAAGAUGAAGUAUCAGGAGUGCAACAAGAUCGUGAAGCAGAAGGCAUUUGAGCGCGCCAUUGCCAGUGACGAGCACAAGCGCUCUGUGGUCGACUCCCUGGACAUAGAGAGCAUGACCAUCGAGGACGAGUACAGUGGCCCCAAACUGGACAACGGGAAGGUGACGCUAGCGUUCAUGAAGGAGUUAAUGCAGUGGUACAAGGAUCAAAAGAAACUCCACAGAAAAUGUGCCUAUCAGAUCUUGGUGCAGGUGAAGGAGGUGCUUGUCAAACUUCCCACACUAGUAGAAACCACGUUAAAAGAGACAGAGAAGGUCACCGUGUGUGGAGACACCCACGGGCAGUAUUACGACUUGCUGAAUAUAUUUGAACUGAAUGGGCUGCCGUCUGAAACGAACCCAUAUAUAUUCAAUGGGGAUUUCGUUGACCGCGGCUCCUUCUCCGUGGAAGUGAUAUUAACGCUGUUCGGUUUUAAGCUGCUGUAUCCGGAUCAUUUCCACUUACUCCGUGGGAAUCACGAGACGGACAACAUGAACCAGAUCUACGGGUUUGAGGGGGAGGUGAAAGCCAAAUACACAGCCCAGAUGUUUGCGCUUUUCAGCGAGGUCUUUGAGUGGCUGCCCCUGGCGCAAUGCAUCAAUGGCAAAGUGUUGAUAAUGCACGGCGGGCUCUUCAGCGAAGAUGGGGUCACAUUGGACGACAUCCGGAAGAUCGAGAGGAAUCGUCAGCCGCCGGAUUCAGGUCCCAUGUGCGACUUGCUCUGGUCCGACCCGCAGCCUCAGAACGGCCGGUCGGUCAGCAAGCGCGGCGUGAGCUGUCAGUUUGGGCCCGACGUCACCAAAAGCUUCCUGGAGCGGAACCAGCUCGAUUACAUCAUCCGGAGCCACGAGGUCAAGCCCGAGGGCUACGAGGUGACGCACGAGGGCAAGUGCAUCACCGUCUUCUCGGCACCCAACUACUGCGACCAGAUGGGGAAUAAAGGUUCAUACAUCCACCUGCGGGGGUCGGACCUGCGCCCCGAAUUCCACCAGUUCACAGCCGUGCCUCACCCGAACGUCAAACCGAUGGCCUACGCCAACACUCUCCUCCAGCUGGGGAUGAUGUAACCUCCCCGGUCACCACCGCCCCCGCCUGGAGGCCCCCCAUGCUAGGCAGAGACGGCCCCUCGGCCUUUUUACUUUCUUCUGCCAUCAGCCCAGGCUGUCCAGGCGCCGGAGCGUCCAUCACGAGGGCGGGGAGGGGGGUUGCCGUGGUUCUCUUCCCCCCACGCCGAGCCCAUUUGUAGUGUUGCCGUGAGCUGGCGCCGCACAGCCGAGAGGCAGGAGUAUUUUUUUUUUUUAAUAUAUUGGAAAGAUUGUAUUUAUUCCCAGGGCUCGCUCAGACUCCGGCCUGGAGCAGAGAGGCCGCUGGACCUAAGCCGGCUCUGUCUGCGGCCCGAUCUCUCCCGGCAGACGGUAUUGGCUUGCAGGGUGGAGCACGGAGGCCUCCCCUCCCUUCCCCAAGUGCUCUGGCUUUGAGGCGUGUCUCUGACGGGUGGUCUUUGGGCUUGGGGGUUUCAGGAGAGGCGAGGGGGCUAGGUGGGGUCAGAGGUUAGGAUCAGGGGACGAGCAGCAGCAAGGUGUCGGCGUGGGGGGGGUCCCAUCCAUAGUCAUCCUCUCCCUCUGCAUCAGAAACCCAGGGGGGACAGGCAGGGCUCUGCUUUCACCAGCUUCGGAGGCACUCACUGGCUCCGCUCGGGGGGGGGGAGGGGGGGGGGAGAGCUCGGCCCAGUAGGGAUCAAAGAUCACAUCCUUGGAGGACAUCCACAUGCUCGGUGGAUCUGGGCCCGGGAUCCCCUGGCUAUCAGUCUCACAGGACCUCUCAUACUGAUAUCUGGGGCCGGAACCCCUGGCUGCUGGGAUCUGAGUCCCAGGACCCUCAGCUGCCAGUCUGACAAGAGCUCUCUAAUACCGAGACCUGGGCCCCGGGACCCCUGGUUGCUGGGAUCUGGGCCCCGGGACCCCCAGCUGCCAGUCUGACAAGAGCUCUCUAGUACUGAGACCUGGGCUCCAGGACCCCUGGUUGCUGUGAUCUGGGUCCCAGGACCCCUGGCUGCCGGGAUGAGUCCCAGGACCCCCAGCUGCCAGUCUGACGAGGUCUCUAAUACCAAGACCUGAGCCCCGGGACCUCUGGCUGCUGGGACCUGGGCCCCGGGACCCCUGGCUGCCAGUCUUUCAGGAGCUCUCAAAUACCGGGGUCUGGGUCCCAGGACCCCCAGCUGCUGGGAUUUGGAUCCAGGACCCCCAGCUGCUGGGGUCUUGGUCCCAGGACCACCAGCUGCCAGUCUCACAGGAGCGCUCUCACCCCAGAGUGCCCCUCUUCUAGGUCCCGUGUGAGCUCUCUGAUCCGAGGCGUGUAGCUCCCUGCUCCAGAGGACAGAGGCAGCAUACGCCCCUCCCUCCCCGUGAGACAUUCCUCCCCAGGCGUCUGCCUCCAGCCCGCCACAACAAAGAAGUAAGGUUAAGACUGUCAGUUUGUUAAGGAAAAGCCGGGGACGGGUCACAAGCAAUAAACAAAAAUUCUCAGAAGCCUGUGACCCGUCCCUGGCUUUCGCUCAACAGAGCUGUGACAAAAUGCGGCUGACUGGUGGGAUGAGAGCCCGAGCCCUGCUGCAGGGGAGGUAAGGGCGGGAGGUUUGUGGCAGGCUGCCCCCCCCCCACCAUGGUGGCUCAGAGCUCCAGGGGGCCCCCUGCUGGCUGACAGCUGAAGUCCCACCGCCCAAGGGCUGAAGCAGAAAAUGUCACGGAGGUCUCAGGAAGUCCUGGAACCCGUGACCUAAUCUUAGCCUUACAAAUAAGCAAUAGGUGUGUGGGUGUUGGGCUGGCAGAGGCCCAGCCUCCAACUCAAGCUGGGAGUGUGUGGGUGUGUGUGUGUAGCAGGGGCAAUGGGGGCAGCAGACUGGAUUUCUCGGGGUGCUUUACCUCACUUGCCCACCCCCACCUUUGCCCCCUUCUCUCAGCCUGGGGAGCGUUGGGCACCUCCUCGAGGAAGAGCGACCGGCCUAUUGUGCCACAUGCAGAUGCGUCCAAAGCACUUGGGUGUCGCCGUGCGCACCACCGGAUCCAGGAGCCCGCCCCCCACCGCCACCUCUCGAGCUGUUUUACUGUCUGUAAUUAAAGAUGUUAAAAUAAAGUAAUUAUUAUAAGCCUUG